AUGCACGUCAUCGUUUCUUCCGUCCUGGUCGCCGUGUUCGCCAUGGGCAAUCUCGUAGCCGCUGCGCCACAAAACAAUGCCCGGGAACGCUUCAAGAAGCAGAGCUGCCAAAGCCAGGCUUGCAUUGACUCUGUUGACUCGGGCUGCCCACUCAGCAACAUCAACUUCGUGCUUGGUGGUUGCGACGACCCCAGCCAGUGA